AUUGUGUGGCCUAGUAGCUAGCGUACCCCGCCUACUUUCAUUGACGAUCCUACGCGGGCGUCAAAGAUAUCGUAAUUUUUUUUUUUUCAAAAGUUGCAAAUGAUUGACUAUAAUCAAUCUCGGCAAACGUAACUUUAUUGCGGGCUCAGAUGCCCAUUAAAGUAGAAAUCAUAAGGUGUUCAGUAGAAGUAGAAUCACCUGCAAACUGGACGUGAUGACCCUGCAUGCAAUCGAUCAAUUCGUGAGUAUUGUAACCUCAUCCAUUCUGCGCACCCGGCAGCCAGCAUUUCAGUGGGCCCGGCCCCUCUACUACUCUUCCAGCCACUAAAUUGUGAAAACCAAAAAAUGGAAACCAAAAUGGCUGUAAGGAAUCAGCAGAUCCCUACAAAUCCUUUACCCACCGACAGUUUCAGUGUACGCUGUGAAAAAUAUUUCUCCGAGCUGAAUCGAUGGGAAGUGUGGCGAUCUAUUUUUCUUGGACAAUUUUUAUCAGUACUCCUGUGCACCAGUGCUGUAAUCAGCCAGUUACUUUAUGCAAAUUACGGGGUUGCUGCACCCACUGCCCAGUGCUUCCUCAAUUAUGUCUUGCUGUGUCUAGUGUUCACCACAACUUUAGCAUGUCGACCAGGAGAAGGAGGAUUGUUGAGUGUGUUGAGAAAAAGAGGACUCAAAUAUUUCUUCCUUGCAAUAGCUGAUGUAGAAGCCAACUAUUUAGUUGUUCAAGCAUAUCAGUACACCACUCUAAGAAGUGCUCAACUAUUGGAUUGCUUUGCAAUUCCCGCAGUAUUAGUGCUUAGCAGAACUGUUCUCAAAGUCAGAUAUCAAAUUAUACACGUAAUUGGAGUCAAAGUCUGCCUAGUAGGAAUAUUCUGCCUAGUCUGGGCUAUCCCAGAUGAAAAUAAUGAGACAGCAAAAGACAGAUUAAUUGGUAAUUCAAUUAUACCUAUUUUCAAAAUUGUAUUCCUACUUAUAAUAUUUUUGGUUCUAGGUGACUUGAUGUGCAUUGGAGGGGCCCUCUUGUAUGGAAUAAUAAUAAUAGCUGAAGAAUAUGUCGUGAAAACAAUUGAUUGUGUUGAAUUUCUAGCUAUGAUUGGUUUAUUUGGAAGUGUAAUCAAUGGCAUACAGUUAGCUGCUUUGGAACAUGAACAAGUUGCUAGCAUUGACUGGUCCGAGUGGAGAGUUAUCGUUCUGUUAGCGGCAUUUACUCUUACCCUAUUUACCUACUACACAAUCACACCGAUCGUUAUGAAGGUGACAAGUGCUAUGGCAAUCAACCUGUCGCUUCUCACGGCCGAUUUCUACACGCUUGUUAUUGGAGUGCUUUUGUUUCAGUUUAAAUACGAUGUGAUGUACGCACUAUCCUAUGCUCUGGUAGUGGCUGGAGUAGUGAUAUUCUGCUCACGAUCAGCGCCCAUUUAUUCGCAAACUUUUGGUCCAAGGUUAACUUUGCCGCGUACUAUCACGACAACUACUACAACGACCAAUAUGAGCUCACACAACUCAAGCCACGACAUGCAGUUCAAUAUGCAAAGCUUAAGUUGUCCGCCUCCUCCACCACCGCCUGUUGUCCGUUCCGGAAUUCCCGCUCAGACUUCUAUACCCUUGCCCGUUUACUGUCACAGUGCCGAAGCUACAUAUGGAACCUAUAGAAGGAGACGUCCUGGCAGUGCAGUGAAAGAGAAUGAAGAAUAUUAUCAGGUUUCCAGAAACCCAGGUCUUCAUGGAAGUCAGGUAGAAGAGUUGACGACUUCCUUCGAUGGACGGGAUUCAACUCCUACCCCCGUUAGCGUGCGAACUGGAUUAGAGUCAACUCCUGCUCCUGAACGAAUGCUUUUAGGUGGACGAGAACCUUGUCCGCAGCCGCUUCCUCAGCAACAGCCGUUGCGUCCCCUACCAUCGCUUGAUAGUACUUUCACUCAGACAGUGAAACUCAAACUACCCCCUAGUCCUAAUAUAGGAGGAUCGGGAAUGCUGCAUUCCAAUCGAAUGCAACAACUUCCUCACUGCACUCUUCCAAGGUCACGUGGGCACAAAGAAGUUACUUUUAAUCCCCAAGCAACGUUCCAGGUAUACAGGAGGCCGAGUGCGUGUUACGAUGGAGAUGAACAACUUUAAUUCUAGUCAAAGAACCCGAGCAGAAUAUAGCUGGGGGCUACUUCACGCGCAAUAAAACUUGUCAUUUUUCUCUUCCGCCACUGCCAUAACAUUUUGGGGGAAUAUGUUUUAUACUACCCAACAACUUGUUUUGUUAAAAAAAAAAGAAAAAGAAAAAAAAAAAAAAUGGAAAAAAAAGCCAACCUUCCCACUGUCGAAAUAAUUCUUGUUUUGGAUUAUACCAUCCAAUCUCACUCUUCUUGUCUGUGGCGUUUUUGGUGGAAUGUUCCGCGGUACUUAUUGCAGUAUCAUAUCCUCUUUGAACCUGAUGUCUUGAUGAAUUAUGAAAUGUUUUCAUCAAUUGUUGAUGUAUUAUCAACAUUGACUUCCAUAAUCGGGAUAAUCCCCGCAGUUUCAAUUUCACUUUUGGGUUUUUGUCACAUCUGUAAAGAGUAACCUCGAGUCUAUCGUCGUUCGGUUUGUAAAUUAAAAAUCGUAAAUUAUUGCAUACUAAGCUACCAACAUCCGAGCUAUUUCUGUUAUUUAAUUUUUUUCUAGUCACUGUACCAGUCUCACUUCAGUUAUUUGCUACAAAAAAAAAUACACAUCUGUUGUUACCGA